GCCGCCGCCGCCGCCUGGGGCGGAAGCGAGGGCGAGCGGCGGCUGGUGCCGCGCCGCGAGGAGUGGGCAUGGCGGACGGGACGCGUUCGGUGCGCGGUGGCAGCCCGGCCUCCAGCCCGGUGCUGGGCAACCGGGGACGGGCUACGGCAGUGGCGGCGGCGGCGGGGGGGAGCAGCCCGCCGGGCCACGGCUUCCGCAGGGUGACCCUCACCAAGCCCACCUUCUGCCACUACUGCACCGACUUCAUCUGGGGGCUGGCCGGCUACCAAUGCGAGGUUUGCAACUUCAUGUCUCAUGAAAAGUGCCUCAAGAAUAUCAAGAUACCGUGCUCAUGUGUUGCUCCCAGCCUUGUGAGGGUUCCAGUUGCACACUGUUUUGGGUCUCCAGGACAUUACAAAAGAAAGUUUUGCACUGUGUGCAGGAAGUCACUAGAAUCACCUGCCCUUCGAUGUGAAGUUUGUGAGCUGCAUGUGCACACAGACUGUAUCCUGUUUGCUUGCAGUGACUGCCGGCAGUGUCACCAGGAUGGGCACCAGGACCAUGAUACCUAUCACCACCACUGGAGGGAGGGAAACCUUUCUUCAAGUGCACGUUGUGAAGUCUGCAAGAAAACCUGUGGCUCCUCUGAGGUCCUCUCUGGCAUGAGGUGUGAAUGGUGUGGCAUCCUGGCUCAUGCUGCUUGCUACGUAAUUGUCGCACCGGAAUGUACUUUCGGAAGAUUAAGGAAUAUGAUUCUGCCUCCAAGCUGUGUGCAGUUAUUUUCUCGCAACUUCAGCAAACUGCAUUGUUUUCGAGUUAUAGAAAAUUUGCAGACAGAACCAGAUGAAGAUGAUGAUGUUGAUGGGUCAACACAGGGGUCAACAAAAGAUGUCCAGAUUUCAACAGAUUCAAGUAAGCAGAAUUUCAGUAAACAGACAUUAAAGAUAUUUGAUGGGAAUGAUGCUGUGAAACGCAACCAAUAUCGGCUGAUCUCAGUUCCAAGGAUUGCAAAAAAUGAAGAAGUUGUGGAGGCUGCUUUGAGGGCAUACUACAUAAAUGAUGACCAGCAGGAGUAUGAGCUUCAGACCUUUACACAGCAGGCGCUGCUGUCUGAUGAUGUUAUCAACAGGAACGAUGCUGUGGAGGACAGCAACUUGAGCUCGGUAUUCCGCGAAUCUGUUCCUGAAGCUUGGAUCAUCAGAGCCAAACCAAAGGACGAGGAAGUGAUCAGAAUUUAUCCUGCCUGGCUGAAGGUGGGAAUGGCAUAUGUUUCUCUACGAGUAAAUAAGGAUAGCACUACACAGACUGUCAUCAAGGAAGUGCUUCCAUUACUUGGAAAACAGACGGAGUGCCUCGAGAAUUUCAAAUUGGUGGAAGUGCUUAUGGGCAGUAAGCAAGUUCAGCGCAUGGUGUUGGACAAUCAGGAGCUGAUUCUUAACAGACUCAAGGACAUAAGAAAGACUUCAAUACGUCAGAUGAAUCAAACAAGAUUUUACAUUGCGGAAAACAGUAAAUCCAUAGUGCGAGUAAAUUUACUUGUUGGGGGCCUUCCACCUCAACUUUCUCGUGAAGAAUACACCAAUAUUCUCAAAACUGAAUUAGCUAUCAAAACAAAUGUAGUAUCUGUGAGUCAUGUUUAUCAAGCACAAGGUGCUGUUGUACUCGAAAUUUCAUGCUUUUCUGAAGCUGAAAGAAUAUAUAUGCUAGUUAAAGAUACAACUGUCAAUGACAAGCCUCUAAACGUUGUGGUGAUUCCUGAAGUUGUGGCUUCCAAGAUACCACAGAACUGCUGCCCAAUUCUUGUGUUUGUGAAUCCAAAAAGCGGUGGUCUAAAAGGUCGCGACCUGCUGUACAGUUUUAGAAAGCUGCUAAACCCACAUCAGGUCUUUGAACUUACCAAUGGUGGCCCAUUGCCGGGGUUUCACACAUUCUGUAAAGUCCCCUCCUUCCGAGUGCUGGUGUGCGGAGGGGAUGGCACCGUCGGCUGGGUCCUCGGUGCACUGGAGGAGAUCAGGCACAAGCUGGCAUGCUCAGAGCCCUCAGUUGCCAUCUUACCUUUAGGAACAGGUAACGACUUAGGGAGGGUUUUGCGCUGGGGAGCUGGCUACAGUGGAGAGGACCCCUACUCCAUUUUGGUUUCCGUGGAUGAAGCAGAUGAUGUUCUUAUGGACCGCUGGACUAUCCUUCUGGAUGCAGAUGAGCCAGCUGAAGGUGCAGAGAAUGGUGUUGCAGAACCUGAACCUCCAAAGAUUGUACAGAUGAAUAAUUACUGUGGUCUUGGCAUUGACGCAGAGUUGAGCUUGGACUUUCAUCAUGCUAGAGAAGAAGAACCAGGGAAAUUCAAUAGCAGGUUUCACAACAAAGGAGUUUAUGUGAAAGUUGGACUGCAGAAGAUAAGUCAUACCAGAAAUCUCCACAAAGACAUAAAGCUUCAAGUGGAUCAGCAAGAGGUGGAGUUACCAAGUAUUGAAGGACUCAUUUUUAUUAAUAUACCCAGCUGGGGAUCCGGAGCCGACCUCUGGGGGUCUGACAGUGAUAACCGCUUUGAGAAGCCACGCAUCGAUGAUGGGCUGCUGGAAGUUGUUGGUGUGACAGGCGUUGUUCACAUGGGUCAAGUCCAAGGUGGUUUUCGAUCAGGCAUCCGUAUAGCCCAAGGCUCAUAUUUUCGUGUAACUCUCCUAAAGCCAAUUCCAGUUCAAGUUGAUGGAGAGCCCUGGAUUCAGGCCCCUGGCCAGAUUAUAAUUUCUGCUGCAGGACCAAAGGUCCACAUGUUGAAGAAAUCCAAGAAACAGAAAAAAACUGGAAGCAUGAAAGAGAUGCGAGGGGAUAUGUCCAUCUCUGAAGGAGGACGCUAAGUGGAGACCUGUGCUCAGAAGAAAUGCAGCAAACCUACUUUAGAUACCAAGAUGACUCAGUAAAACAGAGUGCAGACAGCUAGUGAAGAGAGUUGCUUAUGAGCGUGCCUUUCAUUACAUUUUGAUAGUAUCAAGUUCUAUUUUGUCUUUCAAAGAUAGUGCCUCAUUGUUAAAAAUAACUGUUAUAUACCA